UUGGUUGCUUUGCACCCGCCAACUUCUUAUUUUUCUCUUACCCUUCACAAUCCUCUACUGGUUUUUGCCCCCCAUUCACCUGGGUUCAUAUUCAAUUAUUCACCCGGUUGACCCAAUUCGUGCCCAAGAAAGAUGCCACUCAGUGAUCACGCACCUAGGCUAGAAUUUUUGAGGAGCUCAGCCAGCUCUUUAGAGGCCGCGAGCCCGUCGACCGCGGCCUACCUGAUGUCCGUUCACAAUAGCAUCAUUCGCGAUGAAUUCAAGCCUUUAAAUCAGCGUCAACAAGAAGCUGCUUGUGGAGCCUGUGGAAGUCUUCGAAAUGCUAAGUCGACCAGGACUAUUCAGGUCGCAAAGAGGAAAAAGAAGCCUGCAGGCUUGAGUGGCGAGGGGGCUACGGUGAUGAUAUGUCUUCGCUGCCAUCGACGCACCAUUAAGCCCUCCAAGAAAGAGACUUUACGUUCCGUUGCUCCUCCUGCAGCAGCCCCAGUCACUGCGACGUUAAAUUCAGCUGAGGCUCAAUCAUCAACUUCUACAACGCCUCUCUCUCAACAGUCAACCCCCGCCCCCAAGGAUCAGGGUAAGGGCGUCAAAUCAGCCGAAAAUGCCAGUAGCAAGAAGAGAGCAAAGUCUCGGAAGCAGGGUGGCCUGCAGGCAUUGAUGGCAUCCAAGCAACAGUCUCGCUCAACCUCGUCAUCUCUCGAUCUGUUCGAUUUCUUGCAGCAGUAGAAGUCACAUGACUCAUGUCGCGUGUGGCGGAUGGGCGGGAAAUCGGCGCUUUGCUACGGAGCACUUUGGGACUAGCGCGGGGCUGGUUGGCUCUGGCGUUGCUUUCACUUAUCGGCUGGAGCUCCAAAACAACUCCCGGU